AAUAAGAAAAAAACCACCCCACCAUUCCACUACGUUUAAUCUUGAUGAUAUCCCACAUCGAUUCCCUAUAAAGAAAAGGCAGAUUUCUGCUCAUUCAGAUUCUUCUCUCUCUCUAGAACUCUCUCUCUCUCUCUAGAACUCACUCCACCACCCACAAAUCACCAUGUUAUAAAAUUGAAAUAAAGCUUAUCCAGCUAGCUAAAGUCCAAUUCUUCAAAGGCAAAAAAAUAUAUUCGUAUAAUCGUAUAGUUUUAAUCAUUAAUAAUACAAUUAUUAUUAUUAUUCCAACAGAAAAUAUAUCACUCACUCACAAAGGAGGUUGAAUUUUUAUUAUUUGAUGUGUGGGUCUUUAAUUUAUAAUUAAAAUUAUAAUAAAUUUGUUUGAUCAUUAGAUGGAUACUUUGUUUAGACUAGUCAGCCUUCAACAACCAGAAGAUCAGUCCUUCGAUUCAAGCAGAACUUCCAGCAGCUCCAGAUCUUCCCGCCAAAACCCUAAUUACAGCCAAGAAUGCUUCAACCUUUUCAUGGAUGAUGAAGACUUCUCUUCUUCUUCUUCCCACCAUCAUAAUAAUAACCCUUAUCAUCAACAACACCACCAGUUCUCCAACACUCCUACACCCACCACCACCACCAGCAGCACCACCACCACCCCGACCGGGGGCGAUGCCUACGACGUCGUCCAGUCCGCCGAUCACCACCACCAGUAUUACUCCGCCGUCUCGCCUGCCCGAGACGUGAACGUGGAAUUCGCCGCCUCCCUCUCCGGCAGAGACACCAGGUGGGCCAACGAGAUCCUCCUCGCGGCGGCGCAGGCCGACGCCGACAGAGACAGCGCCCGCGUCCAGGAGCAGAUGUGGAUGCUCAACGAGAUGGCUACCCCGUACGGCGACACCGACCAGAAGCUCGCCUACCUACUAUACCAGGCCCUCUUCAGCCGCAUGACGGAUUCCGGCGAGCGCGCUCCCAGACCAGGACGUACAGCGGGCGAGAAGACCUGCGCCUUCGAGUCAAGGAGGAAGACCGUCCUCAAAUACCAGGAAGUCAGCCCUUGGACCAACAUCGGACACGUGGCCUGCAAAGGCGCCAUCAUGGAAGCACUCGAAGGCGAAGAACAGGUCCACAUAAUCGACAGGCACACCUACUGCACCCAGUGGCCCACCCUGCUGGAAGCCAUCGCCACCCGCACCGACGAAACUCCCCACCUGAGGAUCACCACCGUCGUCCCCACGAAAUCAAGCGGCGCCGCCGGCGCCGGCUCAGCCGGCGCGGCGGCGGUGCAGAAAGUAAUGAAGGAGAUCGGCAGCAGGAUGGAGAAGUUCGCCCGGCUGAUGGGCGUGCCGUUCAAGUUCAGCAUUAUUCACCACGCCGGCGAUUUGUCGGAGUUGAAUUUAGCCGAACUGGAGAUCAAAGAAGACGAAGCGCUGGCGAUCAACUGCGUCGGAACUCUACACUCCGUCGCGACGGUGGGUAAUCGGAGAGAUUUUCUGAUAUCGAUAUUCAAGAGGCUGCAGCCCAGGAUAAUCACCAUUGUUGAAGAGGAGGCCGAUCUUCACGGCGCGGGGGGUGAUUCCGACGAUCGGGGUGAGUUCGUGAGGGGUUUUCAAGAAUGCAUGAGGUGGUUCAGGGUUUACUUUGACGCGCUGGAUGAGAGCUUUCCGAGGACGAGCAACGAGCGUUUGAUGCUGGAGAGGGCGGCGGGCCGCGCCGUCGUGGACCUGGUGGCGUGCUCGCCGCAGGAGUCGGUGGAGAGGCGGGAGACGGCGGUGCGGUGGUCGCACCGGCUUCACGCCGGCGGUUUCAGCCCCUUCUCUUUCAACGAUGAGGUGUGUGACGAUGUGCGCGCAUUGUUGAGGCGGUACAAGGAGGGGUGGUCGAUGGCGCCGUGCUCGGAUGAUGCCGCCGGAAUAUUCCUUUCUUGGAAGGAUCAGCCGGUGGUUUGGGCUAGUGCAUGGAAGCCUUGAUGACUAGGAUUCCCACCAAGAAAAAUGGGGGAGGGUCGCACGUGUGCUGGCACGUGCCUGGGGGGUGGGGUAGUGAAAAUGUAUGGAGUUGGUGAAGUGUUUUUGGUUGAAAAAAAAUAGGAAUUAAAAGGAAAGAUAUCAUUGGGUUUUUUUUAUAAUUAUUUUAUUUAACAUUUUUCGAUUUGAUUUCCCGUUUGGAUUGCAUAGAUUUGAAGUAACUAAUUCAAAUUAAUCUUUGUUUUAUCAAUUUGUGAUCAAUCUUUGUAUCCUAAUUAGCAAUAUUUCUAAUAGAUUUCAAUUUUGUUGAUUA